AGUAACUGUUAGAUGGUUUACAUUUAAUGGGUUGAUUGGACUAAUGAGAUUAGGCCAUAAAUCUCUGUCUUUUCUUGCCUCCAGUGUUGGUCUCUUGGUCAUCCUUUCAUCUUUUUUACUCUUCCUCUCCUCUUUCCUCUUGUUACAAACCGUUAUUUUUAUCCUUUGUUCAUCAUCAUUAUCAUUACUUUUAAUUGUCCACUAAACCUCUAUCCUGUCCUCUCCUUUCCUUACUUUAAAGUCAAACCAAUUGUCAAUUUUUUUCCAGUCAAGACAUCGAUUGCUUGCACUUGAUUCAUACCUUUUCUUUGAUAAUCUCAUUUUCAAGUGCCUGUAAUCCUUUAAUUAUCCUUAAUACACGUAUAACUUAGUUUUAACACUUUAAGAGUCUAUGCAAUUACAGUAACAAUUGAGAUAAGGCAACAGACUGGAAGUAGCUUUUGUCACCGGGCAUUUUGUCACUUGACAUUCUUAGCUGAUUUCUUGAGUUUUUUGUUAGAAAUUUUUACGAAAAGAAAUCGAUUCAAGUCUUGCAAUAUUAAAGAAAUGAAAUUCAAAUUAGAUUUAACUCUUCGUUGUAAUUAUGAUUGUUGAAACAUUGAGUGGAUUUUAUUUUUUCAGUUGUUUAGCCGUUUGAUUGCAUCAGAUAAAGUUGGUCAAGUAGUGACAUCUAUAACUUGUAAAGCUAACUAACACAAAGAUUUUCUUUGGUUUAAAAUAUAUUUUGGCUUACAAGCUUACAUCUGUAGACCUAUAUAUAAACACAACAACACUUAUAAAUGUAUUCCUAUUUUUUGUUCACUGUUUUAAUUGUUUAAUUGGAUCACAAUCAAAAUGUCAGUAAACAAGGAACCUACUUUCAUCAUGGUUACACCUGAAGGUAUUCAACGUGGUUUGCUCAGUGAGAUUAAAGAUUGUGUGGUCAUCCUGGAACGACUUCAACCAGAUUUCAUUGAAUCUUGCCUUAAUGGAGGUGAAGAGGAAGCCAAAAUCGAGCCUGAAUUUACAAUUGACUUAACACAAUGCUCUCCAGACGACUACAAAACUACUGCGGCUAAACAAUCUUCGCUAAAGCUUGACCAGAAGUUAUUCUGUUUAUUUAAUUUGGAAGAAUUCGAUGACCGCUAUGAAGCAGUGCAAGCGUUUUAUCGAGAGUUGAGGUAUGCGCCAUUCCGAUGUGUGGAGUGUGAUGAAGCCACCGUUGAAUUGAAAGAUUUAGUGGACCAUUACGUCGCUCAUCAUCCGGGUGAGAAAUUGGUGAAAUACAAAAUUGAAGAGAUACCGGCCAAAGAAAGAUGGGUCCAAAAAUUUAUCGACUACCAAAUGGAUUGUAUGAACGACGAUGAUGAAAUGCUUCCGAAUAAUAUAGUUAACAAAUAUUGUCCUGUAUGUAACCAGUAUGAUUACAUCCUUAAAUCAGUUCAACCAAAGGCUCGGCUCAAGGUUUCCUCUAUAUUGGAUCUGAACCAUAUAAAUAAACAUUUAAGGUACAAUCCAUAUGAAUGUGCGCUGUGUAAAAAGCGAGGAAAACGAUACGCAAUUUCAUCUGUUAAUAAAAAAGCUCAAGAUCAUCUUUCUCAUCGUCACAAUAUUGUAAAUCCAACGGAGUCUCAUGUUAAAAUUCAUUUCCAACCUUCUGCAACAAUACCCGAAUUAGAAAACUUUUUGCGUGAUUAUAUUAACAUAAUCAAAGAUAGUGAGCGUCAUACAGUCAACAAGCCUACUAUGAAAAGGAAACCCUUAUCUGGUAAAUCUAAUCGACAAAACUCUAACAGGGGGAAACAAACAGGACAAUUAUACAAACAAGCCUCAGCAUCAUAUAAAAAAAUGAAAGAGUCUCGAGAAUCCGUGAGAAAUGGUAAAAAAGCUAAUUCUAGGAAUCUUGUUGAAGAUGCCGAAGAUGCGAAUUUGGAUGAUAUGGAAACUUUAAGUAAAGAUAGUCACAACUUUUUUUGCAUUUUUUGUUCGGAAAAAAACCUCUCCGAUAUUUACACUGCUUGGGGACAUUAUGGCAACCAUUUGAAAUACACGCCAAUCGUUUGUCAAAUUUGCAACAAAAGAUUCACUAGUGAUACAACUUUUCGAUACCAUGGAAUUGAGCACGUCGAAUACUCCGAUUUACCCUUUACCCGCAACUGUGAUGAAGCUAUAGAAACGUGGGGUCAUGACUUUUUAGAGGGCAUUGCCAAUGAUUCUGAAGCUAAACCCGAAUUUGCUUCAUUUUGUCCCGUUUGUGAAAAAAUAUUCUCCAAACCUGUUGAUAUACCAUCUAUCAAUGUUACCCUGGUUAAGUCUCAUGUAUAUUCACAUUUAAAGUAUCAUCCGUUUGAAUGUUUAAAAUGUCAAGAUCAAGCUCAAUCUACUUUUGUUGGGGAUUUGGACUAUCAAGCUGCUCUGCACCUUAACGCUGUCCAUUCAUUAGUAGUGACUCCAUCUGAAGUUUCCAAAUAUUUUGUCAAAACUCGUGGAAUUGAAUCUCUUGAUAAACUGCUUAAAGAGCAUUUUGAUAAAAUUCAAUAUCUCAUUGGAACUCCAAUUCUAAGUAAUUCAAACAACUGCCCUACCGCUUUAUCCAAUGUAACCAUUAACAACGAACAGCUUGAGAUGAAUGAUGUAGCUAUUAAUAGUAUCUUACACACAUUGGAGGAAACAUUUGGCGCCAACACUUUGAAUAACCUUAUAAACUCUGUUGAAGAUUCUUCAGGAAAAUGAAUUCUUUUAUUUAGCUACCAAAAAUUUAAUACUUAUGUAUCUGGUUUAAUUGUUUAAUUUGACUCUUUUUUGUAUUAUUUUUCAUUAAAUCUUUACUGAUGAAUGAAACACAAGUUAUGAACUUAAA